AAAAAAUGCUAGACCUUUUACGUCAAUGGCGAAAAUCAACGGUGCCUGCGUCUUGGCGUCUCGGGACGAGAAGCAAAGAGCAUUUUCCUUUCAUUAUGUUCAAGGUGUUUCCUGCACGCUGUGGUUCCAGCAUAAUAUGGUAAAGCACCCUUGUCCAUAUCGUGACGACUAGGUCAAAAAAGGACUCAAGUUGCAAUUCAUCCUAACCCUCCUCCACUUCCACAUCACAAUCCUAUAAAUAUUUUUCAUUAACUUUAAGUUUAACUCCCCCGCAUGCAAGCAUCUGUCUUUCCGCCUUUCUAAUUUCCACGUGAUUUACGCCAUCAGUUGCUUUUUCUAUGUCUUACCGCUGUCAACGUGGCAUGACGGCGAAUUGAUGGGAAGACGGAUGCCAUUGCUAGCCCACCUGGGAUUCGCGAAGUGGAUACCUCCAUAUUGGCUGUUGCAGGGAUGGUUGUCGUACUAUGCGUUUUUAUUUCUCGACUGAUAGUUGACGUCAAAAACCAAUAUAAGUGCAUGAUCUGACAAAUCAAGUGAUGGAGUAGUACUUACUCGACUAUUGCACAGUGCAUUAUAUAUAGUACAAUCAUUCUGUUGAUGUUUCCUUAAAUUUCCUAAUCAAGUCCCUUCCGCUGACGGCUUCCAGAAUCCAAUCGUCUGCGCUUCCACAUAUCAGCUUUUGGUCCGAUUGGCUUGAUUUUGGGGAGCCUGCUUGGUCUCAUGCUAUUGACAUCCUAUUUGCGACUGGCGGCAGCUAUCUAGUCUUAUACAUCCUCGUAUGGGAGCAAUUGGAUGUUUGGUUAUGGGACGGACAAUAAAAUAAGUUUUUUGGCCUAAGAUUUUUUUUAUGCGGGCUAUGUAUAAUUUUUGGUUGUGAACAUCUCGUGAUGUAGCUCUUCUACAGUGGAGGUUUAUUGGUUGAACAAUACCAGUUGCGUCCUCGAUAUGGCGAGCGUAAGUAUACAUUUUCAAACUAUAUAAAAACUCUUGAUGUAAAAAGCUCUUCAAGGGGAUUUGCUGGCUGAUUUCCGAAGCCGAAGCCGAUGCGAAGGACCUGGUAAGAUGGUGAUUCAUUUGUGGGCUAAGAUAGCUAUUUGAAUUAGAUACUCUUGAAACUGAGAGGCGAAAGGAGGCGACGGACACGGGAGAGCCAGCCACAUGAUAAAGUGUUUAUUGGUGGAACAAUAACAGUUGCGUCCUCGACGUCGAUCUAAUCCUUUGCUAUUUCUUCGGCAUCUGCUCGGCAAUCCACGCAACGAUAGGAUUCGGGCUCUCACGAUACUAUCGACGCGUCGAGGCAGACCUUCGAAAAUUCUUAGUUUGGCACACGAUUUGGCACACGGCUUUCCCCAGUUGGGUUACUGUGUGGGGCUACUAUUGGCUCUACCACAUGGAUGACGGAAGUUCUGCUCCAACGACCGAGUUGUAUCCGAAUGUACUCCUCUCGUUUUACAUGCCUCUGCUGGUUGCCUUCACUUUCAUCUAUUCAACUAGACCACGGGCGUCUGGAGACAGAAUAGAAAAUCAAAUAGGUCAAGUCGAACAGUCACAAACACAAGUAGCAGAAUCAGGUUCAGGAGGUUCACCAAGUAAGUCUCGAAUAGUGAGUGCAGGACGGCGAAAGACUUCAUCGAGCCCGAUGAAAAGGAGACAAUCGUCAACACGAAAGAAAAAAGUAGAUGCCGUUUCGUAGAGGACUCCCGUGAUUCCUUGUUGUAAAUACAGAUACUAAUGAUCUAAAAUGAUCUAUGUUAUAUUUCCAGUUGUCGUCGUCCUCUUUCCACUUGAUGCUGUUGCAUUUCGUUCCUUUUCUUCUCUGUUCUUCUCUAGAAUAUAGACUCAUAAAAAAUGAGAUGAAUGUAACGAUUAUUAUGCGUUUUUGCAAUGAUUCUUUCGUCUUUUCUUGUUUGGCUGUCAUACCUGACUGAGAGCAUCUUCGUCCUUCUCUCAUGAUGGUAUAUGCAGUCUCUUCUUCUUUCUCACCUUUCAUUCUUAGUUAGUUGUCGAAAAAGUACUAGAUAUUACCUACCUUUUCGUUCCAGAAAGCGAAGAGGUUGAGUAUCUAGUACAAUGACGACCAAGACGACGACCUUGUACUUCCUACGCAUAUUUUUUUUUGUUUUUCUGUCAUGUUCAUAGUUGUUGUACCGAUACUGAUACAACCGAUAACAAACUUUAUUUAAAGGUAGAGCACUAGUUACUUCCAGGCGGGGCGUGCUUCAAGGUCCAGAAUGUAGUUUCAACGUGCGAAAAGACAUUAGACCCUGUCGGGAAAGAGUGUAAAGGUUUUUCAUACUAGUGCCCUGACUACGUUACUAGGCUAAUGCUACUUAGUGCAACUCUCCACGUUCUUCGUGUUUAUUCUACAACCCUCAACAGAGUGGAAAACACUCAAACAGAAGCGCCCUCUUUUGUUCAUGCUUUUCGUUCGCUUCCCUCACUUCUCAACAGAAUCAGAACACGCUCAAACAGAUGCCAACAUAGGAAGGGCAAAGGGAAAGGCCAAGUGACCCUAGAAGCAGCCCGCACCGCUAUACAGGGCGCGAGCCGCGUCACGAGCUACCUCGGGAAGAUCUCCGAGACAGAGCUCGAGAGCCGUGGCCUUGCAGGCCCUGGCUCUGGGUGGAUCAAAAUGAUCAUCCAAGUCGAUACCGAAGAGAAGAAAGCUGCUCGGAUCAGAACCACCGCGCCGGACUUUCGGGAGCAGGUGGCUCCAUAUGAGUACGCCCAGACUCUCAAGCAGAUGACUGGGUAUGCCCCUUUGGAUAUGUCUUCUCCAAAGGGUUCAGAUCCAAGAGGAUCAAAGGCGAUCUUCUUGAAAAGGGAGCUGAAGGCAAAGGUCUCAAGCUUCUUGAGGGUCUUCGGAAGCUUUCCCGAGGACUCUACGAAGGCAGCCAACAUCGAGCGGCCUGUCAUCGGUUCGGUCGACUACCUGCCGGUAGUUGAUCCCAUGCACGUGCUCGACGCGCAGAAUGCUGCGUGCCUCGUCACCGAGUCACAGCUAGCUACUUUCCCCAAGGAUGGAGGAAAGGACGAGGCCAACUGGAAGAAGCAGAUGGCCCGUCUAACCGAGCGGGGUCUUGUCCCGUGCGGUGCUCUGGAUAACCUUCCCGGUACGGAAUCCGCGAAGGGCUACAAGCUCCCAGAGAAGUCCAAUCCGAACGCCCUUGCUCGGCAGGCUCUUCAGACCUGUGCUGCGGAAGAAGAGGGAGAGGGCCGCCUCGAUGCGGCAUCUGUUUGCGCGUGUUCUGAUUCUGUUGAGAAGUGAGGGAAGCGAACGAAAAGCAUGAGCAAAGGAGAGCGCUUCUGUUUGAGUGUUUUCUGAUCCAGUUCCCCUGUUCUGCAAAUGUAUAAAGUAAGAAGAUGAAGAAGAUGAGCACGAUGAUCCCACUAAUGUCAUGAGUAUGAAGAUCAUCAAGAGCAUGAAAGUGAUGGAAAUCAUUGCAGUCCUAUGGUGACAAAGAUCACAGCACUGGAACACUCUGCCAAUGAUGUGGAUCCUUAUCGUGUUACAUAUGAGCAAGAAGGUCCACACAUUUGACAACUUUGCAACCGCAUGAGAAUCAUGCAAAACCUUCACGAUUUGCACAACUGAAACAGGCCGGGAAUUAUAUAAAAAACGCAUCACCACAAGGGUGAAAAUAUACAGUCUUAGGGUUCGCGCGCAGUGAGUUAUUAGCCUUUUAUGCGCGCACUGGAGUGAUUUUCUUUGACUUAGAACCCACCAAAUUUUUGACUUUUUUGGUCUAGUAUUUUUUUUGGUUUUUUAGGUUAGAAAAAUUUGGCGUUUUCGUUCCUGUGCGCAGUGGUAGUCCGAUUCAGUCGGAUUUUGGCCCCACGCGUUUCUCCAGGCGGCAUUGUUCUUCGAUACGUCGAGAGCGAUCCCGUCGACCCUAGAGCAGACUCAGCAUCUGCUUCACAAAAAUAAACCAACUUUAGCCCAGUGGCGGGGCAACUAAAACAAAACAGAAAAGGCACCAAGCUCCCGACUUAGUCGGCAGCAGCCAUAGACGAAAGUCUGUAGCUGUUCGGGUGUGGCUCCUCGACAGUAAUUCAGAUUAGCUUUGGUUACGGCCUCAGCUAUACAAGAAAGAAAAAGUCUCACGGUACGACCGGAGACAGGGCAAAGCCGUCGCCACGGCCCACCUAAAGACCCUCGGACGGAGUCCGACGGCACCUAAGAAAAAGGGAACAAGCUUUCGCGAAACGCGACUGCUUCAAAAGUAAACCCAGGCGACCGCAACCGCACAAAAAGGCGCGCCCUUCUUCGUUUGGCGGAGAAGUUCGUGCGCCCGAAACCCCGGAAGGGGCGAUAUCGUGACACACGGCCGCGCGUCCAUCUAACGCCUUGUCUCUUUUCGGCAGAUUUUGUUAUUUGACCUUUGACGGGAGUCGGAUCCCGUGCAAAGUCUCCCCAUAAAGAGGCUUGCACAGUGGGAAAGCUAGCGGCAAUUUGCCAAGGCGCGAUAUCUCGGGUGCUUCGGUGGUGAUCAGGAUCCCACCCCAUUGAGAUAAAAUGGCCCCAGCCAUGAAAAUUGACGCUGCGCGCGUGAAGCGCUUGGAGCAGUAUGUCAUCAGUGGAAUGGCGUUUGUCUACAUUGAGCCAGAAUACUACAAUGCCGAAAGAAAAGACAGCAUCAAGCACAGGCGCGGCAUCAUCAACGUCGACGGCUCACCUGACUACGAAGAUGCCGAAGUAGACUGCUACCCCUCGGAAGCACACGGCGGAGGCAGAUUCGCCUACUGCAAAAUCAAGAGGGAAGAUUGGCCUGAGGGUGCUAAAUCUCUGAAAGAGGGAGACCCGCUCUGGGAAGAGCGAGUUCUGAAGUCGCAAGUUGGUGCCUGUCUCCAGGAGAUAAAUAACCUCAAAGAGGACAACGAAGUCGGUGAAAUCUGCAGUAGCCUAAUCGACAAUCAUACGGACUUCGUCAAGUCAGACGAAGAGGAGGACCCCUCGCAAACGGGUGAGGAAACCCCUCCACCGGCGGAGGAGGAUGAAGACAAAACACCGUGGAAAGCGGUGGAGUCGCGCCGCAGGAUAAAGGUCGGGCAAAACAUAGUGCCACUCAAAAAGAUUGAGGAGCACGAUAUGUGGCUCAAGAAGCUCGCAAAGUUUCGCGCGACGUAUGGGCGUCAACUCGAUUUGGGUGAUCUCGUCUAUCGCGUCGAACAGUCCAUCAAGAUCGGACAAGAAUGCGCCGACCACCUUGCGACGAAAACCGUCGCAACCGUCGAGGAACUGCUGGAAGAACUAGAGCGGUGGACAAAUCCCCGUCAACAGCAGAAAAUCUGGGAUGACUUUUGGCAGCUCAUCGAGUUCCAAGCAUCCUCAAAGAACGUUGUCAGCGCGGAGCGAGAUUCCCGCAUCAUAUAUGCCAAAGUCAAGGGCAUGACGAUGGAGCAGGUUGCAGGAAUGUGCUACCUCAAAGCCAUCGGGAGUGACAUCCCUUCGCAAGAAAUGCAGGGAAUCCAAAGAGACCUUAGAGGCGACUUCGAGUUGGAGAAUGUUGCCAAGGAAACAAAACACACCUUGCGUAACAAAGUCAACUUGGACGGGCGCGCUGCUACACGCACGCCGGGCGCUGAGGAAGUCUUUCAAGUCACGGACCCACCUGCAACAUUCAAACAGCACAAAGCUGGCACGUGCUACAACUGUGGCUCUUCGGCGCACACGAUGUGGCAACGCACCAAACCAACCUCCGAACAGGCAAAGAAGAUACUCUCCAGGCAGGCUCAAAAGAUUAGCACGCCCAAACGCCUAGGAUUUGACCCCAUUCGAAAACUUGCAGGCGGGACAUUAUAGGAGUCCUCCCGGCUCGUUAGGUCGCGGCCUCUGUUUCAGUUAUGUCUCUCCAGUCUGUCACCGCGACCGCGUAGGUAAGGUGGGGGACAGGCUGCGCACUCGGUGGCUCUACUCGUCCUCGGGUAAGGCUGAGGGAGAGUGUAGUGGCUCGAUGUCGAUCUGUGGUAGGUUUUCAUGCACCUCGACUGAUGAGCACGCCCGGGCCCGAAAUUAUCGGGAGCACGUGAGUUGCGGGCGUUGUGCGGCCGGUCGGUCGCACAACAGCAAAGACUCAUCACCGCGGGCGCUACCGCUCACCGCCACCCCGCCCCCCUCUGUCUUGGGGGUGGCUCUAGCGUGUCCCCGGUUACUUUGUUGAGGAUUCGAACGCCUAACGAAAAAAACGACCGAAAGUAGUGAUGUACUUUGUCGGUCGUUUUUUUUGAGCAAUGAACGCGAAACGAAAAAAACGACCGAAAGUAGUAGGGUACUUUUUCGGCCGUUUUUUCAGUAUUUUUUCGGUCGUUUUUUUUGAGUGUUGAAGAGAAGGCGAUGACCACUUCCGGGAAGAGUGUAGAUGGACUAUGAGUAUAGAUGGAUUAUGGCGGGAGCCCCUCUACUGGGCUUCAUGGGGUGACAUUAAGGGCCAUCUCUCAAAUCCUAAAGACUGACAGCAAUACCAAGAAGCUCCUCGAUUGAGAUACGGACCUAAAGCCCAUCGAAUGAAACAGCAAAGAACGCUGGCAAUAUAUUAAAGCUCUUAAGGCUCCUCCUCUUAGGGCUCUUCUUAUGGCUCUUCUUGAAUGGAAAUAAGGCUCCUCUUUUAUUUCCUCUUCUUAGGGCUCUUCUUCUUAAGGCUCUUCUUGAAUGGAAUUUACUUAAGGCUCCUCUUCUUAAGGCUCCUCUUCUUAAGGCUCUUCUUCUUAAGGCUCUUCUUGAAUGGGAAUAAGGCUCCUCUUUUAUUUCUUCUUCUUAAGGCUCUUCUUCUUACGGCUCUUUUUGAGUGGAAAUCUAUUAAAGUGUUCCGCGUCGUGAGUGACAAGAUGUUUAAAGCUCUGAGAGCUCAGGUAAUUUACUAAGGUUAAGCUCAAGCAAUUUCAAUGCAUUAAAGUUCUCGAGUGCAAAAGUGAAGCGUAGCAUUAGGACCGACAUGGUCCGCCCUCUUUAUUCACCAAUAGCAUAAUAUCAACGCACAGGGAAUAGCACAAUAUCAACACACAGGGAAAACCUCCGAGGAGGACAGAGCGCGCCGAAAAGUUUGACAAGUAUGACCCAGGCGAAACGGCUGAAAAAAGGAAAACGAAAAAGGAGGCCACGGGUGCCACGUCAUUACUUUGGUAGAGAAUGCAGCUACUCUGGUUACAUUCUCGUCGCAUAUCACAUAUAUCACACUAACACAUAUGUCACAUAUAUCACAGUGGUACCGCCGUAACUAAUCUCGUAUGCUCGUCCCAUAUCACAAACUCAACUCAUACACAUCACAGAACAUCGCCAGCAUAAGUGUAUGGGUAACGGGCUUGAGGUAAAUCAUGUCCAAAAAUGCGGAAAGGCCGAAGCCGAAGGCGGUGGCAGCAAUGGCCUCAGCCACGCAGGCGGCAGCAACGAAAUCGGCACCGAAAGCGCCACGCCAGACGCGGAAGCAGUACAACAAGCCCAACCGAGUUGGUCCACGACCGCGGAGCCAAUUCCCGCGAGGCGGGGGCCAAACAGGCAAGACGCGCGCACCCUACGGGAAGAAGUUCACGCUGAAGGCGGAGAGUGAGCAUCCAUCACUGGAGAUAACUCGCCGCGACUUCCACAAGACGCGCAUCAUACACAGCCGCGGCAAAAUUCUCCGCCGGCUGUGUGCGAUGUUUGGAAUCCCAUAAGGCAGGCUCCAGCUUUGUCAGUUCUUAUGUAGAGGGCCUAUUGGUCUUGAGGAGGGUCUGUUGAGGGGUGUGAAGGGGUGUGAUUAGAAGACUUCUGUUAGAGUUCGGCUACAGGAGGUCUCCGUGUCGGAUGUCUGUCCCCACACUGCUUGCUGAGGUUCUAUCUCUAACACAAUCCAGAAAAGGCAGGAGAGAAGCAAACGCGUGAGACGCUAGUAGUCGCAGUCUUUUUCUUUUAGAUUUUGGCGAGAGAAUCCCUCGCGCACGGGGUCCCGCUCGACCGUAUCGAGGAGGUCAAACAACCGCUCCUGCGUCCGGAGGUGUUUCGGGUUGCGUGUCGUGCUACCUCGCGAAGACAUUUUUUUCAAGCGGCCCAGUACCGUCAACGAGGCGCGUCAUCUCCUCGACCAACUACCGAAGACACCCGCCACGACCUUGGCGUGUGUUUGCCUAUUGAGUUUAAGCCUCUCCUCCGCUAAUUUUUUACCUUACCUAUCUGAUGCUUCUCGAUAUUAUCCACUAAUGUAUUCUUUAUCUUCGCCUCACUCUUGCUAUACUAUAGUGUCCCUCGGUGUAAUUUUUUACCUUAGUUUCCUCGUAUAGGUAUAGUCCCGCCCACCUCCCGCACUAGCUUUCCAUCCCCAAACCACCCCCCGGCCCUUCUAAUCACUCACUCUGCAUCGCGUCGACAGCGUGGCGGACCCGAUCCAGCGCAGCACUGCCUUGACGGGGCUUGGAGGCGUCUCGUUUCUCCAAGAGCAGGGCGCCUGUCCGCUACAGAUCGUUAUUGUAUGAUGGUGCAGGCGACUCGGAGUUUUGUUAUGGUGAAUUCCACUGUGUCAUCUUAUGUGACUCAGGUUCCCCUGGGUAAUCUUCUAUGCUAAAUUGGCGCUAUUAUUGCCGCACUCCUAGACUCUAAUUUGUAACUAGCGGAGGCGAUCAAGGCGACCCUCAUACUAGAUGAAGACACUCGAGAAGAGAAGCAACAACAGCAACAACCGGCAGAGCGAGACAGCACCCCCACGAAGGAGGCGAAGGGCCUGGACGGGGUGGGGAUCGGCUUCAAUUUCAGCCUGUUCUUGGAGAACGCCCGCGCCCUGUGUGACCCGACCCGAGCGCGGCGAAAGACCUCGGAGGGCAAGUCACACCUACAAGUAUAAAAGUUAGAAUCUCGGUCGGCUCUUUUCUCUUCUUCUCUUUUCGCUUCUCUUCUCGUGUUGGUUUGGAGGUAGUCCCAAGUCCUAGCGUUCUCCCUCGUAAUUGUAUAGCUUCUCUCGUAAUUUUAUAUACAUCCAUGAGUCACUCGCUCACAUAUCAGGUGGCGUCGAAUUUAUUGGCAGUUGUGGCAAGAUCGAACGUCCUAGACACAUACGCGGGCGAAAGUCGGCGAGAGGCGUUUUUGCAGGCGUGUUCGCCGCUCGUCCCGCUUGUCCCGCUUUUGGGGUGAACAAAAGGAGAGAUGCCGCGGUAUGCCGAGGCGGUGGAUGCGGUGUGGGACGCUCUCGCGUCUUUCUUUAUGGUUGGCCGCUGUUGUUCUUUGGCUUCUCUCUUUUGAGUAGCUGCUUUGUCACGCCUUGCGCGUUGUCUCGCUCGGGAACGAAGGAGACACGCCGGGCGCGGGAAAGCUCCCGCGCGCAGGGUCCUUCUAACUGUAGAAGCCCGUCUACAGCUUACGACGCUUCUCCCUCUAAUCUACCUGGAUUCUCCGGCAGAGGCCUACAAGGCGAGCAAACCGACGCGGACAAAGAGGCGAGUAAGUCGCAGCAGACAGGCACUGGCUUCAUACUUAUGGCCCAACUUUCACCGCCCGCAGAGGGUGGCCACCAAGAUCGAGGAGGAGUCUCCGAGAGGCCUGGGGAGAUUGGGGGGAAACCAGGGGAGAGGCGUGGGGGCUUUUUCUUUCAGAUUCGGCGGUCACUACCUGCUCGCCUUUAAUAUAUUCGAGAACAUUACGCGCCACGGUGUAAGAAACCUCCUUCGGGUGGGCCUCGCAGAGGCUCGAUUACAACCAGCAGCCAGGAGGCCACACGGGCCGAACCCCCGCAAAGUGGAGAAGCUUUUCUUAUAGGUAAUCGAUACUCGCCACGCCAUCUAGUCGGCCCGAUUGAAGCAAGCCGCAAGAUGGUCGCUGCGAUUUUUUCUCCUCUAAUUCUCGGCGUGGACAUCUAUGGGGUCCUGAUCAGAUUCGCAGAACUGAGGGAACGCGCGGGCGCCUUCGUGGGUGUGCAGCAGACGGCAACCACAUUCGCGCCCGGCUGUAAUAGCAGCAGAAGCACCAACACCGCAGCACCCGCGAGCAGAACCAGCGGCAACAGCACCAGCGGCAACACCAGCAGCAAGAGCACCCGCAGCAAGAGCACCAGCAGCAACAGCAGCAACAGCACCGGCAGCGGACACACAGCGCGCGAAGCUGUACGGGCGGCAAUGUGUGAGCGCCCGUGCGUCGGGUCGUUCGAAGUCCCGACACUGGACAGGAGUGCCAUCCAGGAUAGUUGGCGUAAAAUGCAGGAGGUUCUGGAGUCGCUUCUCUGUGGGACAACGGCGAAGAGACGGCCGAAGCUCUCUGAGUGGCAGCACUGGACUGUGUGGCGACGCAGGGUGGCGCAGCUGUUGGCGAGAGCACGCCGGGACAUGUUAGGGGAGUUCGGACCGUUAAGAUGUUCAUUUGACUCUCAUCACACAUUCAUCACACACUGUAGAAUGCUACUUGAUGCGCCCUUCUUGGUGCUGUCUAAUGUUCGGCGAGUCGACCCAAAAAAACGAUCGAGAAAAUUACUGAAUUUCUUCGGUCGUUUUUUUGGUGUCUCGUCGUCUUUUCCCUUCUUCUCGUCUAUGAUCGCCCUCUCCCUUUUCCCUUCCACACAUUCUCCAUCUAACGCGCGUUCCCGUAGAGCCGGCAGCGUCAGACUCUGGAGGGACUGGAUUGGAGCUCGCCGACGAUGUCCCAGACCAGUACCUCUGGGAGUCGGGUGAAGAGGGUGAAGAGGAUGAUGAGCAUGAGGACUGCUAAUCUUGUUUAUCGCGAGUUGUUACUAGAGACUGAGGCGGAAGCGGUAUCUUUGUGCUGUACGUGAUCGCUCACAACAGGCGUGAGGCCAUUUCUUUGCAUUUUACCCCCGUAGUCAAUAUUUUCCGUCACUAUUUUGGUCAAGUAGAGAAAGAAGAUGCGUGAGGGAGUACCUCGGACCUACAUGAGAACAAGUAGCGAAAAAGUCUGCACUGCGUGAGUAAGGGCAAGGGCUAGGCCCAUCCUGGUGAGGUUGUUAUCUGAUGAAAGCGAAGCUCCCGGUUAGCUGCUGGCACUGCGUGAAUAGUUUGGCCAUUAUCUGACGCACUACAUAAGUACUGUCUGACAUACUGCAUGAACAGGGGCCGUUCCCCGGAGGGACAGUGUUCCUCGAUGAGUUAUUUUGUGCGACUGACUGGAUGCAUUGCGACCUGAUGAUGAUGCAGCAACAGGAGGCCGAUGAGAAGCAGCAACAGCAGGAAGCUGAGAGAAAGCAACAACAGGAAGCCGAGAGAAAGCAACAGGAAGACGAGAGAAAGCAGCUGGAGGCUGAAAAACAGCAACGGGAAGCCGAGGAGAAGAGACGAGAAGCGGAGGCUACCGAGAAGCGGAGGCAAGAAGAACAGCAACAGGAAGCCGAGAGGAGGCGAAUGGAGGCCGAGAAACAGCAACAGGAAGCCGCCGAGAAGAAGAGACAAGAAGAGGAGCAACAGGAAGCCGCCGAGAAGAAGAGACAAGAAGAGGAGGCGGAAGCCGCCGAGAAGAAGAGACAAGAAGAGGAGCAACAGGAAGCCGCCGAGAAGAAGAGACAAGAAGAGGAGGCUGCCGAGAAGCGGAGACAGGAAGAACAGCAACAGGCCGAGAAACAGAGAGAGGAGGCGGCGACCGCCGCAAAGCAGAGGCAAGAGGCUGAGGCUGCCGCAAAGCGGGCGGAGGUGGUCGCUGCCGCCGGGGUGCUGCGGCGAGCCGAGCAGGCUGCAGCGCUCGCCGAAAAACAGGCAGCAGAGGCGCAGAAACGAGCCGAAGAGCUGGCCCGGCGGGCUGAGGCGUUGCGUGUGAACAGUGUACAGAUAUUACUUACGUUUAUACAUACAGGCCUAGACAGUAUACCAGUAUACCAAUGACGUGAGAGAUUCACUACUAUCAGCAAAAAUCUACAUUCGAAAAAAUGCCCCAAAAUUUUCGAUCGUCGUUUUUCGCUCAUCAUCCCUGACACUCUUAACGCAACAAACCCCCUCCAGGCUUCUGCGAAUUUUUUCAAGAGUUUCCAUGAGGACCUUCUCGGUAGUCGCCUCGGCGGUUCCUUCCCACCAAGAAGCGAAUCGACGAAAACUCCAGGAACUUGGGACAUUGAAGAGGAGGAGGAAGACGAAGAUAUUGACUACUUUUCACAGCCACCACGUCCGCAGUGCCUCACGUUUUCCCCGGCCGCAGCGAAGCAGGGAACUGCGGCGAUACCUUCGCCGACCGCAGGCCUGAAGGUGGACGGCUUGGCUCCGUCAGGUGCGGAUGGCCUCCAGAUUGCGAGAGAGAUAAUGCAAGCGGAAACAGACCCAAAACAUCCGGCGUUCUCCUUCGGCGCCUACGUUGCAGCCUCCACCUCUGCAGUCUGCUCCACCUCCGCGACCGUGUCAACGUCCACCGGGACGGUAGCGGAUAUCUUCCUUGCUGAACUGCAGAGACACACGGGUCCCACUGGGGCCGCGGCUGCGGUAGAGGGAGAAGGAAGGGAGGCGACCAAGAAAAGCGGAACCAUUUCGAAAGUGGCACCACCGGGGAACGCUACGGCGCCGACACCACCGGGAAACGCUACCGCACCAGAGCCACUGGAAACCACGCAAGGGAAGAAGGACGAGACGCAGGAGGAGAAGGGCGGCGGCAAGGUAGGAGAUGACAAGGCACAAGGUGAGGCCAAGAAGAUAGGAGGUGACGCGACCGACCAGAGGGACAAGAGAGCGAGACUGGACAAAAGGACCAAGAAGACCAAAAAAGAGCCGAAGCGCACCGGAAAGAGCAAGAAGGACAAGAAAGAGAAGAAAGCCCGACUCUCUGAGAGGAAUAUGACGGAUGAAAGCGACAGCGAUUACGACGAUGUAGGGAGUGAGGCUAGGACUCCGCCUGUGUCCGCGGCGACCACGUACAAGGUCGGCGACACAGUUCGCGUGACGUUCGUCCGACGUCCUCGCGAAUGUGAUCGCGCGAUCACGAUUGAGCAACUAAACGCCGCGACUGGGCGCGUCACAUGGGUACUCCAGCCUCUCCCUCUCUACUUCGAUGCGUUCCCUGGAAUUCGUAGGCUCUCACUUUCGUAGGAUAUCGCCCCCUUAUCUCUCUUACGUAUCCCCUCCAUAUUUUUACGCAUCCCCUCCAUAUUUCCGCAUCUUCCGCAUCCAGGUGCAUCAAGUAAGAUGUAGCGUUACUCUCCGUCUGGCUUUGGCUUUCGACAUGAAGAAAGUGACACUGGACAAGAUGACAAAGGCCGAGGAGCAGACGCAGGCGACUAGCUCGGCGCGCCCCAAGACAGUGGCCGCGACUGUAAACACUACCAACGUUAUGGCCUUUCUUAGAUAAUAGAUCACACCUCACACACUCUCCCUGACACUGCGGGAGUAGACUCACACUACAGGGGUAGCCUCACACUUCAGGGGUAGACCGAUCAAGUACAUAGGGAUCACGGGAGAAAGUGAGACCUUAUCCAUUGUUUUGAGUCACGUUCUAACUUCUCCGGCUCCUCUGGUUCUGGGACGUUCGAAAAAUUGAAGGAGCAACUCGGUGGCCUAAAGGGAACAUGAGCGAUGCGGUUUUCGUCGAGGUUUUCGGGCGAAUGGCAACCGCGCACCUACUUGGUGCGCCGACUGGAUAAGUCGUUAAAUGCAAAACUGACAACGUUCGAGACUACUGCUAGAGAAGUGCGAAAAUGAGACCCAGGAAAGUAAUGCCCUACCUCGCGUAUAUGUAUCGUGAAGCCCUCUCCUGUGGGGUCUAUUAUCUACACCAAGUACACUGCAGGCAUUCCAACAGCAAAGCUCGGACGUCACGCGUCACGCGUUCAGAUAGUUAUCCUUCGUCUACCACUUGGUAAGCAAAUACCUGCACUGUCGCCUCCUGACGGUUGUUCUCGGUAUAUCUGACACAUUACGACGGAGGUGGUGGAGGAGAGAACAAGACGAGAGAACAAGACGAGAGAAGGAGGCUCGGGAGGUACGACGAAAGUGGAGGGAACAAGAGGGAAAUAUCUCCGGUCGAGUACAUUGAAGAUGGAGAGAACAAGACGAGGGGAGAAGGCUAAGGAGGUACGACGAAGGUGGAGAGAACAAGACGAGAGAGAGGGAGAGAAGAUCCUCGGUCACUUAGGAACCAUGAAAAAGAGACCCCGCAGGCGGGAGGCCUUGCGUUGGAGGGUGUUCGCCUUGCUGUUUAUAAAAGUGAGUGAGUAAGGGAGUGACCAAGAGGCCGCCAAGAUAGUCCCUGGGUGCCGCGUUGUGUUUGUAUCAUUCUCCCUCCUUACACCUUAUGCUCUUCCCCUGAGUCACGCGCCGGCGUUCCUGUCUCUCUCUCUGUUCCCCUGCUCUUCUCUUUCUUUGUGCUUCUCUCUUUUGUGGUGUCUCGACGGCCUUGGGCCUGUGGCUGUGUCGUGUUUUGCUCCGUUCAUCUUGAUGGGGGAACGGCCGCCAGGCUCUUGGCUUGUUAUUUUCGGGGCUUCCAGCUCAUGCGUUCUCUGGUUGCGCGUCCCUCGUUGCGUUGCUUUCUCCUUCUGUUACGGGUCAUCCAAAGCAAGCCACGCGCUCGGGCGGAGGGUGCCGCACUGCGUGCCACUCAUCGACGACGCCCGCCGUCCGCGCUUUGUCUCCUCUCGCUCUAGAGACAGAUCUGCUCGCCCGCCUUCUUCAUUUUGGCAGGCUUGGCCGUCUAAUUUAGGGACUUUGAUUACUUAGCGCGCUGCUCUUCAAUGUCUUCGCGAACUGUGUCACAUUUUUGGCCGUCGUCGAUUUCGUACUCUGGAUUACUUGGCUGGCUUGGGCGCUUUGGGUGGGCCGCGAUCUUCUCAGAAAUCGCGACUGCUUCAGAAGUCUGAUCGGCUUAGACAUCUCCAGACCGACUGUCUAGGGGCCUCGGGCGUGUCGCGUUCUGCAUGCGUAAGCGUCGCCAAGAGUCAGCCAGACCUUACGGGGCCUUCUGUUGAGUUACUCGAGCAAGCUGAGCGGACUGGUUACUCCAUAUACGGCGUACGUGAUGUCACACGUGUGCCGUUCUGUACUCCCUUAGCUUCAGGCGCUGACUGGGCUGCGAGGCUGUGGCGACCAACUUGAUGCAGCCGCAUCGUUAGCCGAUGGCCUUGAUGUUCUUGGGGUGUGUAUGUUUUGGGACAUUAUAGGACGAAAGACGACACUCGUAGGGGUUUUCGGAUGGUCUUUAUUCCUAGGCAGAUGGUGUGGCCAUACUAAAAAAGAAGACAGAGGUCAGUGGAAAAGGUAAAGGCAAAGGCAAUGGCAAAGGAAAAGGUAAAGGAGGAAAAUAGGGAGGAGCGCAAAACAAGGACCAGCCUAAGGGCAUGGCUACCAAUCCAUCCGGGUCAGGCAAGAAGAGGGACGGCAUCGCCUCGCCCAUCACAGUGCUCGGCGGCGCUGUGCCGCCGUUGUGACUCAACAGCGAAUCUCAAAAGAGAAGGAUGGAAAACCUUGGGACGGGAUUAGUAUCGUACUCGGUCCCCGUGCCCAAGGUAAGGAGAUCCAGUGGCGGCUGGCGUCCACCUGGAUCAGAAAGCCUCCACGGGAUGCAUGGAGCACAGGAACGAAGUGCGCACUGGAUCGAUUUCCUUCGUGAGAAGGGGGCUGAUCUCGUCAAUGCUAUUGACAAAGACAGUCUGGCGCCGCGACAACAUCCUUCGCGUGCGUGCAGGCAAGACUCGCAAAAGGAUGGGCGUCCCAUCUGCGAGCCAGUCGUCAGCGAGGGCGACCAAAAACAACUUCUCGACACGUCGCAGCAUCAGUCCGCGACGGGACAGAAAGAAGGGACUCGGCAGCCCUUGGAUCAGGCGCGCAUGCGCACGGUUCAAGAAUUCGAAAGCAUCCUUCUGCACACUGUCAGCGAUGAGAUCGAAACUGAGUGGAUCUUAGACAGUGGAGCCACAGCGUUUUGUGUCAAAGACUCCAACGUGAUCUGUGCUCCGACCAAAGACGGCGGGAAAAUCCAACAAGCGGAUGGGUCGCACGUUAGUGGCGGUCACAUGGCAUCACUACGGACACUAACGGCAGACAACGGGCAUAAGUUGGCCUUUCGCCGUGCGUACUAUAGUCCGAAAAUGGCGCGAAAUAUCGCCAGUCUCAGUAUGCUCCUGGGCGCAGGUUUUACCGUCACAGAAAAACUUCGACGGACUGCGAACACCUAGCGGGACGCUGAUCCCAAUCACAAAGAGGGGAGGACUAUACUUCUUCCGCCUCAGCUACAGGCCUAACCUGGACUCGGGAGAGCUCAACGUGACCCAAGAGGUAAUCCGCAACAGGAUGGGGCAUUCAACCUACAUGCCGUCUUGUGAGGCUUGCCGACUGAACAAGGCUCGCCGGAAACCGUUCAGCAAAGAAACGCGCGAACGACUCCUCCCGACCGAAGCUGGGCACACAGUCAGCGUGGACCUUUGCGGGCCGCUACCUGAAUCGAUAGGCGGCAACCGCUACUGGGCCAUCAUCGUGGAUAGAUAUGACUCGUGGGUAGAAGUCUUCCCAAUUGCGCGCAAAAGCGACGCAUGCACCGGACUCCGGAAAUGGAUGGACAUGUUUGGAGUGCCGAAAGUCUGCCGCUCGGACAACGGAAAAGAAUUCGACGGUGACUUCCUCAAACUGUUGAGAAAGCACGGCAUCAGGCCGCGCAAGACAUCACCGUACUCACCGGCGCAAAAUGGUAGCGCGGAAGUUCGCAGUCGUCUCGCCAUGCAGGGGAUGAAGUGUCUCCUAGAUACAGCGCGACUCCCGGACACCUAUCGGGGUUUCGCGGCACAGGCAUUCUGCUAUGCAUUAAACAGGUCGCCACGCGCGAUACUCGGGAGCGUGAGCUCCUACGAAAAGCGUAACGGGGUCAAGCCCGGCGCGCAGCAUAUGCGGACCUUCGGGACGCCUUGCCGAUACAAAAACUUCGUGAGAACGAAGAUGGAGCGCGCGUACCUUCCGGGUAUUUUUGUAGGAUACUCGCACCUAUCGCCAGACUAUUUAGUCUGGGACGAGCAGAAGAAAAAGGUCAUCAGGACCAGGGAAGUAGACUUUGGCGCGGAGCCAACAUACAGGGGGGAUUCAUCCCGCCCGUCCAUCGCUCCCGAAGCGAAACCGGACUGACAAAGGUGGAGACAGUGGACAACCAGAAAAGGCAGACGCCGCACAGUCGGGGUCCGUGGUCCGUCUCACGCGUGAUAUGUUGGAGAGACUCCAAGUCCCAAAGAAUCUGAGUCGGUGCCAACUCUUCAGCUGUGGAGACAAAAUCCCCGCCAAGCUCAAGCGCCUCGGCGCGGCUGUUCUCCGAGUCAAUAAAUAUUUUCCAGCUGACCUGAUCCAGCUAGGUACACUCCAAACAGCCAAGGCCUCUGUGCUGAAGUGUCCGAUGGUAUCAAGACACAUGAGAACUACUCGCAAUUCCUCAGCGAUGCGACCAAACUUCUCAAAAAGAGCGGAAAGCUCGUGCUCCAGUGCUCGAAAGGUCGCCGUAGAUCAGUGGCACUCGCGGAAGCGCUCCGUGAGGAAAUGGGCUUAGAGAGUCGGCCUGUACACCUUAACCUGCAGCGAGAACUGGAGAGACGCAGUAAGCACAAGGAAGAAGAGACCUUGCUUCCCAGUGGACACACUGCGGCAGUCACAUUCAUCGAGGACCUGCCCCCUCAGAGUGUCGACUUUAUAGCCAACACCGUCGAGAAUCAGUCAGAAAUCGAGACUGGCGACACUACGGACGCUCUGGCCCACGAUGAGUAUGUCCUCCUGCUAAGGACCUUGACGCGAAGGCAGGCACUCGCAGAGGAUCCAGGAGGCUGGGCCGCCGCGCUGGCGUCAGAGCUAAACUCGAUCAAGGGACGAGACGCAUUCGAUGAAAUAUCGGUCAACGACCUGCCUCCAGGAGCGAAGGUUGUGCCGAUGCGAGUACUAUAAUAUAUAAUGCCAAAGAGUGUGGGCGACUCAAGUGUCGCGCCGUCGUGCUCGGCAACCGAGUAGAAUACCAAGAGAGCAUCUACUCGCCCGCCCCUCGGAUCCCAAGUAUUCGGCUCAUGUUCAAGAUAGCCAUGGCGCUAGACUUUGAUCUCGAGCAAUAUGAUGCCAAGACAGCUUUCCUAUAUGCAGACAUAGUCGGCGAGGGCCGACGUCUACUGCAUACCACCCCCCGAGUGGCGCAAAGGAAGGGAAAAUGUCCGAUGGAAACUCAAGAAAGCCCUGUAUGGAUUGAAAAGUGCUCCAGCUCUCUGGGCUAAGACGUUCGCAAGACACGCCACCAGCUCCGCUCGGAGACAGAGCUUAGACGAACCGUCCACGUUUUUUCACGGCGAGCGCCGUGCGUGCGUGCUCGCAUACGUGGAUGACAUAGUCUUUCUAGGUCGGAAAGAGGACAUAGCCGCGGUUCGAGGCUCGAUCCUCGACAGGUUCGAACGCUAUACGUGUGAACCGCAAAAGCCCGAGGGCGGCGAGCUACUGUAUAAGUUUCUAGGCAUCAACGUUCUCAAGAAGAGACGCAGACUGGCUUUGAGUCAAGAAAAUCUGGUCGAUAAGAUUCUGCAGGACUUUGACCCAGACAAAACCCUGAAAGAGUGCGAUGCUCCUAUAACACGGGCGGAGAUAGAUCGUCUCGAAAAGGAGCUCUCUGAGAAAUCUCGCCCGAAAAUCGCUACACGCGUACAAAAAUCGACCUACCGGAAAUUUGUCGGCGCGGUCAUGUACCUAUGUACAUCAGCACGGUAUGACAUUGCGUACGUCGUUCAAUACGUAUCCACAUGUCUAGAGGAGCCCACGCCAGUGGCCCUGCGAGUGUGUGAUCGAUUAUUAGGAUAUCUCCGCAAAGCGCGGAGCUUCGCCUUAGACAUUGAUGGUCGCGACGGUGACUUAACUCCAAAAGCUUGGCCAGAUGUUGACUGGGGAACAUGUAAAAAGACCCGUAGACCGGUCAGUGGAGGUCUCGUCGAAUUAGGCCAAACCAAAUGCACGCCUAUCGCGUGGCGAAGUAAAAAGCAGCCUGUCGUAGCAUUAUCAACGACAGAAGCGGAGCUUAUAGCCGCGACUGAAAUCGCGCGGGAGGCAGUUUACCUCCGGAGACUACUCCAAGAAUCUCUUGAAAAUCUAGGCAAUAGCCGACAAUCAAAGCCGACGGAUCCACGUGGCCGCUUGAAAAAGUCUCUACCUAGCUCCAAGUCCUCUAAUGAUCGAUAACCGAAGCGCGAAAGCGGUCGGCGAAUCGCCAGAAGUUCGUCGGGUCAAGCAUAUGGGUCUUAAAUUACUCUGGAUCCGCCAAGUUGUCGGAGAAGGGAAACAAGAUCUACACUUCUGCCCCACUGACGAGCAAAAGGCAGACAUCUUCACAAAGGCACUUAAUAAGCCGACACUUGUGAGUCUAUGUCAUAAAAUCGCAGGAACAAAACCCAAAAAGUAAACUUAAUUGCUUUUACUCAUCGAGGUUCGUUGUCGGAUCUCGUGUGUAUUUAUACUUGCACCUUUUAAGUUCGUUAAACGUUAUCGGAUUUUCAUGCGUAUUCUUGUUUACUGUUUCGGAAGUUUUUUUCGUCUUUUUCUAAAUGGGUUCUAGUCAUAAAUAUUUAGUGCGCGUAUAGUAUUUCUUCAAUAGUUUACCGUUGUAUUUUGUAAUUAUCUAACAAUAUAGAUUAAGACUACAACUACCCAAAACAAAAACAAAAUGUCGGGCUUCGCGAGAGUAAUCGUUCCGAAGGAGCCUCAGCGACAGACUACAAGGGGCGGAAGCUUGGCGUCAAUCUUUGAUGUCAGCAAUCCGAGGCAACGAGGUGUCACUUGCUACAAGACCCCCGCCGCCUGCUUUUCCAGCUGGUCUCGGAGUAAAGAGCCACAUCUUCUACGAGAUCAUUGAGCGACACGUCGCAACUUUGAAAGGAUGUAGGUCGGGCGGCGACUAUGCAAAAGCGUCCCAACUAUGCUUAUCGUGCAUGCUUGUCCAAGAGGAGAAUGCUUGGAAGGAGUGGAUACCCAACCACGGUCCGAACAUGAAUUCCCACUACAGUCGACAGUGCUCGGAUAUGGGUCUUGCUAUGCAGGCUGAGUAUUGGGACCUGGCAAGGAAAAUGAGGAAAGAAGGAAGCGCAUUCUUCCACAAUUGUACUCUACGGCUAAUUUACGCUCGGGAGACGGUGAGUAACCUGGAUGCCGUUGGAUCCAUGGGACUUAUUGGGUAUACAAUCAACCUCGUCCAAGCUUGUCCAACGUCGACACGGGUGUCCCACAAAAUGGCACCUGGGAAGCAGACUCCUUCUGCUUCUUCUUCUUCUUCUUCUUCUAGUAGUUCUAGUGGUAGUAGUUCGGCGGUGAAGAACAGCAGCAGCUACCACAAAGGAAAGGGGAAGCAAGCGGCGCAGCAGCCGCACAAAGGUGACAAAUGCAAAGGUAAAAAGGGGAAAGGUAAACAAGAAGACGGCGGAGCAAAAGGGCCGCCGCUGAAGAAAGCCAGAAAAAAAGGAGAAGCAGCACCAGCAGAGGCAGCACCGGCGGAAGCAGCCGCUGCCCCUGAGGAAAACGGAGAAGAACAAAACAACGCUGAGAAUGUUGCUGAAGAAGACUCUGGAGAAGAACUCUAAGUCUUACUUAUAUAUACGUGGCUACGCAGAAAUAGCCUAUGUCUCUAAUAUUGUGCAACAAAAAUUAUUCAUCAUCUUCAAUCAUAACAUGCGUCAUGUUUUUUCUGUAUUGUAUUCAUUCGCUGGAAUACAGUCGAACUUGCAGCCACUACUAUUAUUGUAGUCUACACGUCACUCAUUAGAUGGAGUAUAGAUUAAGGGGGGACGUGAUCCAGUUCCCCUGUUCUGCAAAUGUAUAAAGUAAGAAGAUGAAGGAGAUGAGCAUGAUGAUCCCACUAAUGUCAUGAGUAUGAAGAUCAUCAAGAGCAUGAAAGUGAUGGAAAUCAUUGCAGUCCUAUGGUGACAAAGAUCACAGCACUGGAACACUAUGCCAAUGAUGUGGAUCCUUAUCGUGUUACAUAUGAGCAAGAAGGUCCACACAUUUGACAACUUUGCAACCGCAUGAGAAUCACGCAAAACCUUCACGAUUUGCACAACUGAAACAGGCUGGGAAUUAUAUAGAAAGUGCAUCACCACAAGGGUGAAGAUGUACAGUCCUAGCGUUCACAAACAUUGCCCACUCUGUUGAGGGUUGUAGAAUAAACACGAAGAACGUGGAGAGUUGCACUAAGUAGCAUUAGCCUAGUAACGUAGUCAAGGCACUAAUAUGAAAAACCUUCGCACUCUUUCCCGACAGGGUCUAAUGUCUUUUCGCACGUUGAAACUACAUUCUGGACCUUGAAGCACGCCCCGCCUAGAAGUAACUUGUGUUCUACCUUUAUCAAGUUUGUUAUCGGUCAAACAGAUGCCAACAAUAGUAAUGGCCAAGAAGGAAGAAAGGUCUGGCCCUGAAUCUCGUGUAUUUUAGGUUUUUUUCAAAUUUGUGAUCAAUUAGAAUGUACGAUUACCAGUUUGCAAAUCUUCUUUUUCUUCAUCUUCUGACAACGACAGCAAGCAUGUUUCACAACUUGCUUGUGAUGCAGUGUUUUGCGAUGAAUGCGUUACUUAGAGUUUCAUCGCUCAAGAAUUUCUGCGGCUUGAUGUAGUAAUUUUACAUCAACUAGUACUAGUACGAGACGGUCUCGUCGUGUGUAAAAUUUGAGUAAGAACAGUAAAAGAGGACCUGCACAACCAAUAAUUCCAGGCUAGUGGUCCAGUUUAGGAAGGCAC